CAUCCAAACUGUUGUAGUGCUUUGAAGAUUCUGCAAGGAGCUAAACAUUUUCCGUUCGUGACGUCACUUGCAAGGCUUCAAGAUGAAUUACGGCAGGAAAACGCCCUCCACAUAUCGCUCCAAUCCGUCGGUAUACUCCCAUGCGACGGGAAGAUCGUCGACAAAUUUGCACUCGAAGAUGUCCCGAUCGACGAGGUCGGUAAGGAUUCCUUGGUACCAGCGACCGCUGCUAAAAAACAAUCAGUACAUUGAUAUCCAGAAGGGUGCCAUGCUCAUUGGCCUGUUUGCCAUUUUUCUUUCGUUGUUCACUAUCGCCACUAGCAUCUUUGACCUUUAUUGCUAUGCAAUGGCGGCGCCAGGAUCCACACAUUACGGAUACUACAUAAUAUCCUACGAGUUUGUUUAUGUGGGCAACAAGCAUGUUCGCAACAUGCUGAUUGUCUUUGCUCUGUUUUCGCUGAUCAUGGCGCUUGUUAACUUUGUGACCAGUGUCCUCCUCUGCGUGGCCUUGCGCAAGGAAUAUGAGCGUAAAGUGAUGCCCUGGCUGUGGACUUUUGCCAUUUUCACAGUUUGGCGGGCUUUGGCUCUGAUCUUUUUCGCCAUUGUCAAUGAUCUGUACUUUGCCUACAAUGUUAUUAUGGUGCUGCUGUGGAGCAUUUUCUGUUUGGUAUCCAUAUACGGCUGGGCCGUUGUCUAUUCGCUGUUCCUGGAGCUGGUGGAUCUCACCAAACUGGAGGAUCUGGCUCAUUUACGCAUGGGUACAAUGGCCUCGCUGCACGCCUCCACCGCCAACUCGCUGGCUGGAUCGCGACCCACCACUCCUCACAGCACCGUCUCCACGAUGCCAGUGGGCUGAAGAAAGAAGUAUUUUCCGAACAAAAGAGAGCUCACAACGAAAUUGCACAAUCAAUACCGUCCGAAAGCAGCACAACUUGAACCCGAUGCUUCUCACAUAAACAUUCCAUCCACCACUUUAGUGCCUUACUACAAAUUUUAUACACGAUUCUGCGUAAUUUAGUUUUAAGUCGUAUUCCGUCCAAUCUCACAUGUUUUUUUACUGUUGAAGAAUCUCUGCCUUUAUGUAUGUCGUCAACAUAUCGUGUUUUUUAUAUGCAUGUAUAAUAAUAUAUAGAUGUACAACCCGAAUUGUAGCUAUGUAUCUAAAAUAAUAAGCGACCAGAGCAAUAUACAAAUCGAAACACAA